CUUUUUAUCGAUAGUUUUAGAAGCAAUUCAAUAUUAAUUCUUCAAAAGGGCUAAUGAGAUUUUUGUAAACAAACUUCUUUCGCUCAUUACUCUGCUGCCGAGUUGAAUUUCUUGAAAAAUACACUUGAAUCAACACAUUUACCCUUGGUAGAAUCGAUUUCAAAUGUUUUCUGUGUUGAAAUUAUAACAAAAUAAGAGAUAUCAGCAAAAUAAAACAAAAUACAAAUGGUUUUGGGGAACUCUCUAAGCUGAUAUUUGUCAUGGAAGAUUCAACGUUCCGUAUCAGGUACCAAAAAUACAAGUGCAAGGUAAAACUAUGGGAGAAAGAUUUCCGCAAAAAACAUGGACGAAUUCCUUCCAAGCAUGAUAUUCGGGACUCUUCGACGGAUGUGCGAGAUGCCUAUAGAAUGUACUACAAACUUAAAACAUCACUGUUGGAAAACACUUUACAAGAUGCACUGGAUGAUGAUGAAGAUUUUGAUUGUUCUCUAGUGUCGCAAAUGGAAUCGAGUCUUUCACAGGAGUGUCUCGUCGAAGAAAACUUUUCAAAUUUAAGUGAAUUGAAGUCGGCAAAUGUAUCUAUCAGUAAUCUACUCACAGAUCAGAUUGCAGGAAAGGUGACAGUGUUUGAAGCGGAGCACGAGUUGGAGCAGAAUACUAAAGCAUGGGGCAAGGAACUGAACAAGAAGAAAAUGACACCAAACCUAUCGAUGGAGAAAACUCCCGUAAAACUUAAAAUAAAAGCUCCCACAAAACUGUUGAUGGGUACUACUAGAAUGCUUCCAAAGAGGAAUCCCCGCAAAUCUCUUUCCAGUCAUCUUUCCAAUAGUUCUUUGUCGAUGUCAACUGCAAGUUUGAAUUUAUCAGUCACGCCAGACUGGAAGGAAGCUCUUCCUGAUCUGGAAACAUUGUUAAACGAAAAAUCAAAACAAGCUCAAGAAACGUCACCGAUUCAGAGUACUGGACUGAAACAGCAAUCGAAAGAGCCACUGAAUCAAUUGGAUGAGGGUUGGCUUUCUCGCCAAACAUCGGAUGCAGAAACAGUUACUCCGGUGGCUAGCAGUUCUCGAACCAAAAAGUAUGGACUGAGUAACAUCAGCUUGCCCUCGUUGAAUAGUUCGGUUACGGCGACCGUUGAUACAUCGAACAGCUUUGGUAUUUCUGCUUUAAGCAUGAAUUCAUUCAGCGAAGUAGCUAGUGCGCAUAUCGUCGCCAAAACUACAGCUUAUGAUCGAUCGAUCCACCCGGAUUCUGAUGAGGUGGUGGAGAAUAGCGAGGAUGAAUCCGGGCGCAACGAUACGCUUAUUGCCAGCAGUGUUCGUCAUGUUGUCAAAAAGAGAAAGGUGUUUUCCAACACCAAUAUAAAAUCAGACGAAGGUGACGUUAAUGCGAUUGAAGCAGUCAAAAAGGAUCUGCUGGAGCCAAAGGAAAAUGAUGGAGUUGAAAACCAGAAUCCUGAAAAUAAUGUCGAGCAAAAGACUAUUUUGCCGCGAGCACGUAGGAAAGCUCCUGUAGCUAAAUUGAAAAAAGUGAAAAAGAUACCAGUGUCUAAGAAUCCCACCAGGAGAAUUCUAACGCGCGCUCGCAAAACGGUUAGUUAUACGCACGCCAUUAGUGAAGAUGAAGCAUCCCGAGAUCCGUAUGAAAACUUGGACGAUGAGGACAAGGACCCUGAUUUCAUAACCGAUAAAAAAGAUUAUUCGGCCGAGAGAGACGAGUUCGACGAAAGCAACAACGAUGUAUCCGAUGCCCCGGCUGUCAAACACACGUUGGCCAAAACUAGCAAUAAAGAGUCGAAAACAACUCGUAAAUCCAGAGCUACGGCCAAGAAUGUAACAACAGUCUCGCCAGUGGGUGGUCGGAAACGACGUUCAGGGAGUGUCAAAAAAAGUCCAGCUUCUCCUCGAAUCGGCGGAAAUACUGGAAAGGGUAGAAAAAAAGUUGGUAGGUCUAAGAAAGAGAAAUCAGUAGCUCCAGAAGAUCUGCCAAAGCCGGAAGAAGAUUUCAAUGAGUAUGUUUUGGAGUUCGGCAUUGAAAGUUUGAGUAAUGUUCCUCGAAUUGAUAUAGGAGAACUGAAGAAAAGUACAGAAACUAUCAAGGAAUUUAUUCAGGGUGUUCCAGCAAAGAAAGUCGGUUCGAGAAGAAAAAAUGAUGAAGUGGAGUCGGCGAAUGCAGCCGCUUUGAGGAAAAAGGUCGCGGCCGGAAAGUUAAACGAGAACUUCGUCAGAGUUGAUCUUAAGAAGAAAGUUUUCGUAAGAGGUAAAAAAACUAUUAAUUAUAGCAGGUACAAGAAAUCGUUGUGGAAAAAGAAGAAGGUAGCUUCUCUCGCCGGGCCGGAUAUGGAUAUGGGAGGAUGCGACGGAGGUGUACUCACCUGCUUUCAGUGUGGUGGGGUUGGUCAUAUGGCACGAAGUUGUAAGGUGAAAGGUGAGAAUCUACUUCCACUGGAUGCAGUUGUAGAAGAGGAGUCCCCAUUCCCUACGUUGGAAGAAGCAGAUUCGAUGGCCAAGGCGAAAUCCUUGGUGGUUCAUGCCAAUAAAAUUGAAAAUCUUCCUGUUGUCGAUAAUCCACUGUGGAAAGAAGAUUCCGUCAGUACCGUUGAAACCACCGCAAUAAGUAAUGUUGACGAAGAUUACGAGGAUCUACCACCGAAAACCCAGCAUACUACCUAUAUUGGACACGCCAUACCGGACGAUUUUAUCAAGAAGUCCGGAAUUCUAGAAUACACUGUUGGCAACAAGGAUCAAAUUGAGCCGAUUACUCAGUUGCUGUCGGAUGGGUCUCUACCACCGACACCAAACGAGAUAUUUGAUGCGCUACGCAUGUUUGGUCAUACUCAGUUCCGUGCCGGGCAGGAGCGUGCUAUAAUGCGGGUUCUCAGUGGAAUUUCAACGUUAGUCACGUUGAGUACCGGUUCCGGUAAAUCGCUUUGUUAUCAGUUACCCGCGUAUAUUUAUCGUAAGCACAGGAAAUGCGUCGUUUUGGUUAUUUCACCACUUGUUUCUCUGAUGGAAGAUCAAGUACACGGAGUUCCGGACUUUUUGAAUGCGCAAUGUUUGCAUACUAAUCAAACUCCCAAGGUCCGCGAAAAAACUAUGGCUGCCAUCGCAUCUGGAGAGCUAGAUGUGCUUCUGAUAUCACCGGAAGCCGUUGUAUCUGGGGAAAAAUCGACGGGAUUUGGUUCUCUAUUACGACAACUACCUCCGAUCGCGUUUGCGUGCAUAGAUGAAGCACAUUGUGUUUCUCAGUGGAGCCACAAUUUUCGGCCUAGUUAUCUGAUGAUAUGCAGGGUGCUGAAAGAAAAGCUUGGCGUUCGCACGAUUCUUGGUUUAACAGCUACUGCCACUUAUCAAACGAGGCAUAGUAUCGUGGAACACUUGGGCAUCCCGGACGGUACAAAUGGCAUUAUUAGCGAUAUUCCUCUGCCGGAUAACUUGAUUCUCACGGUAUCGAAGGACCCCAACAGGGAUGCAGCUCUACUAAAUUUGCUACGAUCGGAUCGGUUUAGUGUAUUACACUCAAUCAUCGUCUACUGUACCCGGCGAGAUGAGUGUGAGCGGAUUGCAGGUUUCCUUCGAACUUGCUUUCAGGAGACGCAGAGAGCGGAAAUGGAGAGUACCGCCAGCAAGAAACGCAAGAGAUUAAACUAUACGGCCGAACCGUAUCACGCUGGAUUGCCGUCGUAUAGGAGAAAAACCAUUCAGAAUGCGUUUAUGAGCGGCGAUUUACGAAUAGUGGUAGCUACGAUCGCUUUCGGAAUGGGAAUCAAUAAAUCAGACAUCCGAGCGAUCAUUCACUACAACAUGCCGAAAAAUUUCGAAAGUUAUGUGCAGGAAGUCGGUCGCGCUGGUCGCGAUGGGGAAAUUUCUCAUUGUCAUCUAUUUUUGGAUAAUAAAGGAAACGAUAAAAAUGAGUUGAAGAGGCAUAUCUAUGCGAAUUCAAUUGAUCGGCACGUCAUCAGAAAAUUGUUGCAGAAAAUUUUCGUUCCGUGCGCUUGCGUGAAAAAUUUCAAGGAUGAGAAGUUUUCCGAAGAACAUCAAAAACAAAUAGAAUCACUAAAGGAUAUCGAUUGGUCCGACGAGUUCCACGAUACACUUGGGGACAAGGUAAACUCUUUGAACAAUGUUCAAAAGAAACGAAUCUGUCCCGGACACGAGGUAUGUUUCUCAAUAGAAUCAACCGUUCGUCAGCUUGAUAUCCCGGAGGAGAAUAUUUCAACGCUCUUGUGUUAUCUAGAAUUGCAUAAGGAACGUUAUAUUCAGGUACUGAGUCGGGCAUACCUUAUGUGCAAAGUGAUGUCCUAUGCUGGACCAAGAGCUCUCAGAGCUGCCGCGAAGCAGUGUCCUCCAUUGGCGAUGGCGAUAGCUCUGGACUCGAAAAAAGGAAUUUCACAUGAAACGGCCACCUAUAUUGAAUUUCCCGUGAUAGAUGUUGCUGCUUCUAUCGGGUGGGACAGUGGUGUCGUCAAGUUUCAGUUAAAAAAUCUCGAGUGGACCGUCGAAAACAACAUCCGUAAGCGCACCGCGAUUAGCGUUAGCUUUUCAGAUUUGGGCUUUCGUAUGCGUGCCCCAGGAGAUUUAACGGACGAUGAAUUGGAUACUAAUCUAGACUCGUUGUACGCACGCGUCACUAACCAGGAAAAAACUCAACUCAUACAGUUGCAGAGCGUUUUCUCCGCUCUUUCUUCAGUAGCCUUUCAAACGUAUGUGCCGGUUAGUAGAAGUGAUUGUCCUGAAGGCCCUUCACACAAGCUGAAGAAAAUUAUUCGAGAGUAUUUUCAGACAGAUAUCACAAAUGAAAAUAUAGAGUUGAUUCCGGAGGAUGAUGAUACUCCCGAUACUCAGUUGAUGAGUGAUAUCCGUACCCUGAUUCAGCGCUAUCCAGAAAAUAACUUUAGUGGAAGGACAGUAGCCAGAAUAUUCCAUGGCGUACAAAGCCCAAAUUAUCCAGCGGUCAUUUGGGGCAGGUGCAACUUUUGGCGGGCUCAUACCAGUGCCGAUUUCAAUCGGAUAGUUCGUCUAGCCAACGCUGAAAUUGUGCGCAUGCGUACGUAGUGAAACUACCUGAUAAAAUAAGUUAAUUCCCGAUACAAUUGUAACAAGGCAAAAGUUCGAAUUGAUUAUAAUA